UGGCGGAAUUUGCCAGUGAGUGAUUCCUUUCGCUGGCGCCUCUCUCCAACGGGAAUUAAAUACAUUGCGUUUUUUAUUACAGUGGAGGGACCGCCUCUUGGGGCAGGCCAGCGUAGCACGAAGUGGGCACAGCCUGUCCAGGCCAGCAUUAGCCCGAGAAGGCUAGGAGCCCGCAGCUCGUCCCCGUGGAUGGUGUUUCCCUCGCCGGCCUCCAAGGAGCGGUGAGGUGUGAACGAACCCCUCCCCGCAUCCACCUCCCCCCAAACCCUGGACUGUGAUUGUCUUCAAUGAUGAGCUCCCACAGCCACCCAGAUGGGCUUCCCGGCAAGGAGCAGGCCCUGGAACUUCUGAAGCCAUCUGGACUCAACCACAUUCCUUCUGUGGAUGUGAGUGCAGCCCUGCCGUUGCAAGUGCCCCCGGCCGCCAUCCCCAUGGACCUGCGCGUGGAGCAGCAGUUUGCCCUGGCCCCUGGCGUGACCCCGAGCGACCCCGUGCGCCGCGAGCAGCAGCUGCAGCAGGAGCUGCUGGCACUCAAGCAAAAGCAGGAGAUCCAGCGGCAGCUGCUCAUCGCCGAGUUCCAGCGGCAGCACGAGCAACUGUCUCGCCAACAUGAAGCCCAGCUGCAGGAGCACAUCAAGCAACAACAGGACCUGCUGGCCUUAAAGCACCAACAAGAACUGCUGGAGCACCAGCGCAAGAUGGAGAAGCAUCGGCAGGAACAGGAGCUCGAGAAACAGCACCGUGAGAAAAAGCUACAGCUGCUCAAGAACAAGGAGCGUGGCCAAGAAAGUGCAGUGGCCAGCACGGAGGUAAAGAUGCGUCUCCAGGAAUUUGUCCUGAACAAGAAGAAGGCCUUGGCCCAGAGAAACCUGAACCACUGCGUGCCCGGAGACCCCCGCUUCUGGUACGGGAAAACCCAGCACAGCUCCUUGGACCAGAGCUCCCCACCACAGACAGGGAUGUCAGCCACAUACAAUCACCCUGUCCUGGGGAUGUAUGACCCGAAGGAUGACUUCCCCCUCCGUAAGACAGCCUCCGAACCGAAUCUGAAGCUGCGGUCCCGACUAAAACAGAAGGUGACUGAGCGGCGCAGCAGUCCACUGCUCCGUCGGAAGGAUGUUCCAGUCAACACUGCCAAGAAGCGCUCACUGGACAUGGCUGUCUCACGGGAGGGGUUCCUGAACAUCUGCUUUGCAGAGUCUGCAUGUAGCAGCGCUCCUGGUUCCGGACCAAGCUCUCCAAACAACAGCUCCAGCAACAUUACCAACGAGAACGGAAUCGCCAGCUCCAUCUCCGGCAGCACAGCCGAGCCAUCCCUGGUCCAGCGGCUGGCCAGCCGGGAAGGCCCUGCAAGCCAGCUGUCUCUGUACACAUCACCCUCCCUGCCCAACAUCACUCUGGGCCUGCCUGCCACCGGACCCUCCAGUGUGGCAUCUGGCCAGCAAGACGGUGACCGAUUGGCAAUGCCCAGUCUCCAGCAAGGGCUGCCCCUGACCACUCCCUUCAUCCCAGGGUCCCACUUGCCCUCAUACCUCAGCGCCUCAGCACUGGAGCGAGAAGGAGCUGCAGCACACAACCCCCUCCUGCAGCACAUGGUCCUUCUGGAGCAGUCAGCUGCGCAGAAUCCCCUGGUCACAGGCCUGGGGGCUCUCCCCCUACAGUCGCCCUCCAUCCAUAAGCUGAGGCAGCACCGGCCACUGGGCCGCACACAGUCGGCCCCCUUGCCCCAGAGCGCACAGGCCCUGCAGCAGCUGGUUGUCCAGCAGCAGCACCAGCAGUUCCUGGAGAAGCACAAGCAACAGUUCCAGCAGCAGCAGCUGCACAUCAGCAAGAUGAUGGCCAAGCCUAGCGAGCCUGGCCGACAGCACGAGAGCCACCCGGAGGAGACAGAGGAAGAGCUGCGUGAGCACCAGGCCCUGUCUGAGUCAGAGGCGAUGCCACGGGGGGUCACCAUUAAGCAGGAGCCCCUGGAAGACUCAGAGGAGGAGCAGGUGUUGCAAAGGGAAAGGCAGGUGGAGCAGGAGCUCCUCUUCAGACAGCAGGCCCUGCUUCUGGAGCAGCAGCGCAUCCACCAGCUGAGGAACUACCAAGCAUCCAUGGAGGCGGCGGGGCUGUCAGUGAGCUUCGCAGCACACCGGCCCCUCUCCCGAGCCCAGUCCUCCCCAGCCUCCGCCUCCUUUCCCAUGGCGGUGCAGGAGCCGACAAGCAAGCCCCGCUUCACAACAGGACUUGUGUACGACACAUUGAUGCAGAAGCACCAGUGCAUGUGUGGUAACACCAACACGCACCCAGAGCACGCUGGCCGCAUCCAGAGCAUCUGGUCCCGACUGCAGGAGACAGGCUUGCGCAGCAAAUGUGAGUCCAUCCGUGGAAGGAAGGCCACCCUGGAAGAGCUGCAGACGGUCCACUCGGAGGCCCACGUCCUGCUGUACGGCACCAACCCACUGCGACAGAAGCUGGACAGUUCCGUGACACCCAUGUUCGUGAGGCUGCCCUGUGGCGGAAUCGGGGUGGACAGCGACACCAUCUGGAACGAGGUGCACUCCUCAGGAGCAGCCCGCCUAGCUGUGGGCUGUGUCGUUGAGCUCGUCUUCAAGGUGGCGUCCGGGGAGCUGAAGAAUGGCUUCGCCGUGGUGCGGCCCCCAGGACACCAUGCCGAGGAGAGCACGCCGAUGGGAUUCUGCUACUUCAACUCGGUGGCGAUUGCAGCCAAGCUGCUGCAGCAGAGGCUCAGCGUCAGCAAGAUCCUCAUCGUGGACUGGGAUGUUCACCAUGGAAACGGAACUCAGCAAGCAUUCUACAGUGACCCGAAUGUCCUCUACCUGUCUCUCCAUCGUUAUGAUGAUGGCAACUUCUUCCCUGGCAGCGGAGGACCUGAGGAGGUGGGCAGCGGGCCUGGGAUGGGCUUCAAUGUCAAUGUGGCCUUCACUGGAGGUCUGGAGCCCCCAAUGGGAGAUGCCGAAUACCUGGCCGCUUUCAGGACGGUGGUGAUGCCCAUUGCCAACGAGUUUGCCCCGGACGUAGUGCUGGUCUCUGCGGGCUUCGAUGCUGUGGAGGGACACCCGCCUCCGCUGGGAGGAUAUAAACUGACUGCCAAAUGCUUCGGCUACCUGACCAAGCAGCUGAUGGGCCUGGCCGGGGGCCGCGUGGUGCUCGCCCUGGAGGGGGGUCACGACCUCACCGCUAUUUGCGACGCCUCCGAAGCAUGUGUUUCUGCUUUGCUGGGAAACGAGCUGGAGCCGCUCCCCAAGGAGGUGCUGCAGCAGAGACCGAACCUCAACGCGGUGCGCUCUCUGGAGAAGGUCCUGGAGGUCCAAAGUAAGUACUGGCCAUCAGUGCAGCGCCAUGCCUCCACACUGGGCUACUCCCUCAUUGAGGCCCAGAAGUGCGAGACGGAGGAGGCCGAGACCGUCACCGCCAUGGCUUCCCUGUCCAUGGCUGCCAAGCAGAUGGAGAACCGGCCAGAGGAGGAGCCCAUGGAGGAGGAACCGCCCAUGUAGUGGCGAGCAGAGCUGCUCUGUGACCUCUGCCACCUAGGGGCCUGCUCGAGCCCCCAACUCCACUCCGCCUACCACCUACCUCCGUUUCAUUUUCAACCCCCCUCGCCCUGGUUGCGUCCCACCGGCGACGAUUCGCUGGGAACGGGCGUGGCGUCCGAGAGCGGGAGCCGAAACGGACCGAAGACAAACUGAGAAACCGCUCUGGUCUGACUCAUCCAGUCCAAAACCGCGAGAGGCACUUGCUGUUCCCUGUGCGCUGCGAGGCAAGGGGCGGUCCACGGAGGCUUAUGGCCGGGCCUGUGGACGGAACGGUUUGUUUUUUCACGGGACGAGGAAGUGUUCCGAUGGAGAUGCGAAAGCCGUGCUUUUGAGCUGUCUCACACGAACGGCGAGGCACGUCUGACUGCCAGUCACACGUGGCUGUGUCUCUCUUCAUUUUGGUUUUAGUUCUUUUUCUUGUCUAUAUCAAACAAGACCUAAAAACAGUCUCUUUCUGUUUAUAAAAUUUGAUAGUUGUUGCUUGAAGAACACAUUACAAAAAGCCGUGAUGAAUUGCUAUGUUUAUUGGUAUAGCUGAAAGGUGAAACCAGGCAUUCUGGGGUGAGAAGACACAUCUAGCUGUCUGGGGGGUGGGGUGGGGGGGCUCUAAUCCCAGUUUAACAGCAUGUGGAAAACUGAACGUUUGUGCCUUUUUCAUAGACCUAGUUAGUUCUCGUGAAGAAUUCAGAUGAACAUUGCCUUAAACCAGUCGAGCGAUGGAGCGCGCCUUGGUCCGAGCCCCUCCGCGCUGGGGCAGGACAGGCAGCUGGAUGGACACGGAGGGACAGGCGGAGAGAGCCCAUGACACGUGGGUGCUGUUUUUGUUUCCCAGUCUCGGAAAAGUUGCGCUUUUCCCCCCUUCUUUCAUUAUGAUGUAUACGAAAGGUUUGUAAGGUAGUUGCCAGCUAUAUCGGGGCAAACACUGUUGGAAGUUUCAGCUCAAGUCUGCAGUGCUGUUGACUAAUAGUAUCGCCCAAUGUAGCUUCUCAUAUAAACCCUUGACCAAAUAUCAGUUUUUCAAAAAAAAAAAACAAAAAAAAAAAAAACAAAAAAUAGUUAAGAAGCAUGUACUGUACUAGAGCAACUUGUCAUCUGCAAAGUUAGAAUGCUAAUAAGUCUUAGUAGAAAAGCAAAAAAAAAAGAAAAAGGACAAAAAAAAAAAACCAAAGCAUGAGUUUGCUUCCAGCUCAACAGUUUUUGUGCCACUAGUUAUUGCAAGCUUAAAAAGUAAGGCUGUUUGCCUCUGUUUAAUGUGACGUUCAUACAAGUAUUUAGAUCGUGGGGAUUAUGGUUAAACAGCUCACGUUUGACAUUUCUGUGUCAGUACUUUAAAGACUGAGUUAACCGAUACUGUUGUGUGCAGAGCAUCGUCUUUCUCAACUGAUUGCAGUGACAAACAUUUCAUGGUAAAACCUUUUUUGCUACUUGAUUGGAUGCAGCUCUGGCGGGAAGUCUUGUCCGCCUCUUGGGGCCUGGCAAUUGACGGCGAAGCCACCGGUUGUCCGCUGCGAGCUCCUCUCAGCCAGUGCCCUCACGUGAAGAAAGAACAGGCUGAGGAGCAGCGCACGGGCUGCAGUGGGCGCUGCUUCACUUAGACGUAACCGCGGAGGUCACGUGGCCUCAUUUCGGUACUGG